AUGGUUCGCGCAAUGACAACGUUAAAACCCCAGCUUGUAAGAGCAGACACACUCGAUUUACAAGAUCAUGACACUCCGUCCGCUAAAGAUCAUUCGCGCCAGCCCGCUCAUCCAUCGCCCUAUGGUUAUGGUCCUGCAGCACCACACCAGGCCCAGACACUGAGGCAAGCCGAACAAGAUGCAUAUCAAGAGCAACAUACUAGUCCUAGACAAUCCGAGGACAAAACGAAUGGUGCUUUCGGCUACAGCGAUCACGAUGACGACCGAAACGAUGACCACAAUACCUCGAAUGGCUCCAAUGGACCUGGGUAUAACGGGCAGGAUAUCAAUGAUGAAGAUGGUGGCGACUCCCAUGACGAGGAUAUGGACGAUGACCUGUUGGACAAGAUCUCGAGUUCUCCCUCGAUCGAAGAUGGUAAAUACACCCUUCCUGUUUGGCCCCCAAGAGCGGAUUCCGUCAGAACUGGAGCUGCCCCGGCUCCGGCCAUGAUUCAGAUUCACGACUCUCCUCUUUCUUCAUCCCCAUAUAUUUCCCACUACAAAGUUUCUCCCCCACAAUCCCCGCGUGUUGUUGGACCGGAAAGUCAUCAUGGUGAGUGUGAGGGCUACUACGCCAAUCGCCGAAUGGAGGUCGAGCCCUGGCAAGAUCACGAUCAGACUUCGUCAUUGACCUCGUUCACCUCGAAUAAUAGUGGGCUAGCGACGCAAUUGCAGGGCAUCCCGCUUUCCGAGUCUCAAGAAUUUCGGAGAUAUUUACUGCCCACGGACGACCCACUUCUGAGAGACGUGAUCGACGCUCAAUCCGAUGAAUACUUUUACGACGAGGAGGGAGACUGGGAAGAUGACGAUUCUUCCGUGGCCGACCCGGAUUUAAGCUCUGAUGAUGACCCCGAGGAUUUCCAAUUUUCAAAUGACGAUCGCUUCAUUGAUUCUGGUUGGGGUGGUGAAUGCUUACGAGAAAUAGAGGACAUCGAUUUCGAAUUCGUAUACGCGUUACAUACCUUCGUGGCCACCGUCGAAGGCCAGGCUAAUGCUACAAAAGGCGACACCAUGGUGCUACUAGAUGACAGUAACAGCUAUUGGUGGUUAGUGCGCGUGGUCAAGGACGGUAGUAUCGGAUACUUACCCGCCGAACACAUCGAAACACCAACGGAGCGUUUGGCGCGAUUGAACAAGCAUAGGAACAUUGAUCUAUCCGCCUCUAUGCUUGGAGAUAACCCAGAAAAGUCCAAAAAUCCCCUGAAGAAAGCCAUGCGCCGAAGAAACGCCAAAACAGUCCAAUUCGCUCCACCUACAUAUUAUGAACCUUCUGAUUAUGAAUACUCCGACGAGGAAGACGAUGGCAACGAGAGCCUCACGGACCAAGGCAUUGAUGACAACGCCGAUGACGAUACCCACAACGACCAAGAAGUGGUUGAGACCGAACCCGAGUCUCAAGGACAACGAGUUACAGCCACAGCAAAUGGUGUCCAGCGAAUGGCCAGUACUGACAGUCUGAAGAGUGACCUGUCAUCCGACAACUCCACCAGGGCCCAACAACAAGAAGCUACUCUUGUUGAACAAAACAAGGCUGACGAGGCCGUCUCCAGGUCUCGAAAAGGCGUUGUCCGAAAUACUGAUUCCUUCUUCAGAGAUGACACGGUAGAGACGAAGAAGAUUUCACUCACUCCCCGGUUGUUACGAGGUGAUUCGGAAUCUGGUCAAACCACAGAACAAGAAGUGCGACAGCGUCAAAGCCUGGACACGUUUGACAGAAUUGUUGCCUCAGAUGACAAAACCAAGGAGAAGGAAAAGGAAAAGGAAAAAGACAAGAAGAAGGAAAAGAAGGGCAUGCUCAGUGGCUUGUUCAAGCGAAAGAAGGGCACUCCACAGGAGGAAAGCGUUGAACGGCCAUCGGAAGAGCUACGACGAUCUCCCCAAUCAAAGGACUCGAUGGAAUCAGUGACCUAUACAAAACCCGAAAGUGGUCCCGAACGCAAGCCCAGUAAAUUGCAAAAGACACCUCCGAUUGCAUCGCCCAAAUCGUCACCUACAGAGCCGCGUGCUCCUCAGCGGGAGCUUAUGGCAGCAGCAACAACAGCACCACCAAGUGUAACACCUCGUGAACCAACUGGACCAGCGCCAGCACCACCGACACUUCGGAAGGUUGAGUCCGAGUCCGAGUUGGCCGAUGACACUUUGUCCACGGCACCACAGAGUCAACCGACCACACAGGUGAACCGAUUCCCAUCGCUCACAGAAAAGCGAUCGAUAUUUGCACCCAUCACCACUGCUUUGAAGUCCACUUCUUCGAGCAAUUCAGACACACGCUCCCCUGUGAAACCUAUCUACUCCAAGCGAGCCAAGGAACGAUUCGCCAUUGAUGAUGAAGACUCGGAGGAUUAUGGACCAACUCCCAAGGCAGAUGACCAGACUCGCAACAGUGUGUCACCUCUGGCGGACAAUUUGGAGGAACCCGUGCGCUCAGAUUCCGUGGUACGAGUUUCACCGGUAGACUCGCUAACACCGAUAAACUCUCAGACACAGAAGGGAUUGGAUGUGCGUACCACACCUCUUCCAAUUGAGACAGGCCACGCCGAUUCCGAAGGCACUGCUAGUACAUCAAAACCAUCGCCCUCCACGGCGACACAUACUCCUUCUACAUCCCGAUCCACACCAACAUGGUCAGACGCAUCAUUAAGAUCAUAUAUGGAGAAUGACCAGGAGAUCAAGGACCUCCUCAUAAUUGUUCAUGACAAGUCCAACGUCACGCCGGUGGGUGCUGAUCACCCGCUAAUGAGCAACUUGUUUUCAAAUGAACGGAGCAAGCUCGCCGAGAUGCAGCUGCAGCUCGACUCAAUGUUGAUGAGUUGGAUGGGCAAAAAGAACUCAAGCCUAUUGUCAGCGACAACCUAA